AUGUCGCCCGGCAAGCACGGGCUGCAGACCGAGGCGCCCAACGCGCUGGCCCGCAAGGGAGCGGGCAGCUGGGAGGAGGAGCCGACGGCGCUGCCCACGCCGGACGAGCCCGCAGCCGAGGCCCGCUUCAUCACCACGGCCCCCCCGCUCGACCUGCUCAACCACCACCCGCUGCUGGAGGAUUUCCUGCGGGACGCCCCCCGCCCAGGGCCCUUCCCCGGGGGUGCGCAGCGCCCCGACCUGCCUGACCUACCCGAGUCACUCGCCCCGACGCCCGCACCUAGCCUGGCACGCCCGGAUGAGCCCCCGGCCUUCCCCGAGCCCAGCACGGCCUCCGCCCCCACAGCACUGAUGGGGGACAGAGUCGAGGCUGGGGACAUGGAGGGGACACCUGAAAUGGCCAGGCUGGUCUUCACCACGGAGCUGCUGGCCACGGCCGCGGGCCCGGUGGUGCCGUGGCCAGAGCCACGUGCCACUGUCCCCGGGCCGGUGCGCACGGAGGCCCCGGUCACCUCUGCCCCGACCUUCUCCCCUGCCGGCCUGCUGCGCCCAGGCCCCGCCACGGUGACCAGCAGCCCCCCGAGCGCCUCCAGACCCCCGGCCCUGGCGGCACCCCCGCGGGUGCCCGGCCCGACCCUGCCCCAGGCUGUGGAGCCCCGGACAGCGGUGACCCCCAGCGCCACGGCUUCCGGGGACGACGAGGACACCACCAGCACCACCCUCAUCACCACCACCACCAUCACCACGGGGCCAGCGCCAGCUCCGUGCGCCUGGAACCUCACGGGCCCCGAGGGCUCCCUGGAGUCCCCGGAGCCGCCCGGCCCCAGCGCCGGCCCCGAGGGCAGCCUGGACUGCACCUACGUCAUCUCCGUGUACCCCGGCUACGGCGUGGAGAUCAAGGUGCAGAACAUCAGCCUGCUGGAGGGGGAGGCCGUGACGGUGGAGACGGUCGGGGGCGCCGAGCCCGUGGUCCUGGCCAACGAGUCCUUCCUCCUGCGCGGCCAGGUCAUCCGCAGCCCCAGCAACCAGGUGGCCGUGCGGUACCAGAGCCCUGCGCCUGCCCGCGCCGGCGCCGGCGCCUUCCGCUUCCGCUUCCAAGCCUACGUGCUGAGCUGCCGCUUCCCCUCACGCCCGGCCUACGGGGACGUCUCGGUCACCAGCCUGCACCCGGGCGGCAAUGCCUACUUCUCCUGCGCCGCCGGCUACCAGCUGCAGGGCCCGCGCGCCCUCACCUGCCUCAACGCCACCCGCCCCUUCUGGAGUGGCAGGGAGCCUCUCUGUGUGGCGGCCUGCGGGGGCGUGAUCCGGAACGCCUCCCUGGGGCGCGUCGUCUCCCCCGGCUUCCCCGGGACCUACAGCAACAACCUGACUUGCCACUGGCUGCUGGAGGCACCUCCCGGGCAGCGCCUCCACCUGCACUUCGAGAAGGUUGCACUGGCCGAGGAUGAUGACCGGCUCAUCAUCCGCAACGGGAACGGCGUGGAGGCGCCGCCGGUGUACGACUCGUAUGAGGUGGAGUACCUGCCCAUCGAGGGGCUGCUCAGCGCCGCCCGCCACUUCUUUGUGGAGCUCACGACCGACAGCAGUGGUGCGGCCGCUGGCGUGGCCCUGCGCUACGAGGCCUUCCAGCCUGGGCACUGCUACGAGCCCUUCGUCAAGUACGGCAACUUCACCACCAGCGACGCAGCCUACGCGCUGGGUGCCACUGUGGAGUUCAGCUGCGACCCCGGCUACACGCUGGAGCAGGGGUCCGUGGUCAUCGAGUGCGUGGACCCCACCGACCCGCAGUGGAACGAGACGGAGCCGGCCUGCCGAGCUGUGUGCAGCGGGGAGAUCACGGACUCGGCCGGUGUCGUCCUGUCGCCCAACUGGCCGGAGGCCUAUGGCAAGGGCCAGGACUGCAUCUGGGGGCUGCACGUGGAGCAGGACAAGCGUGUCAUGCUGGACAUCCGUGUGCUGCACGUGGGCACAGGCGAUGUGCUGACCUUCUACGACGGGGACGACCUGACCGCCCGCAUCCUGGGCCAGUUCACGGGUGCACGCAGCCGCUUCAAGCUCUACACCUCCACGGCCGACGUCACCAUCCAGUUCCAGUCUGACCCCGGCAGCUCUGUCUCUGGCUACCAGCAAGGCUUCGUCAUCCACUUCUACGAGGUGCCACGCAAUGACACGUGCCCCGAGCUGCCCGAGAUCCCCAAUGGCUGGAAGACCACGUCGCACCCCGAGCUGAUCCACGGCACUGUGGUGACCUACCACUGCUACCCGGGCUAUGAGAUCGUGGGCACCGACCUGCUUAUGUGCCACUGGGACCUCACCUGGAGUGGAGACCUGCCCACCUGCGAGAGAGUGACCACGUGCAGGGACCCAGGAGAUGUGGAGCACAGCCGCCGCCUGGUCUCCAGCACCAGGUUCCCAGUGGGCAGCACCGUGCAGUUUGUGUGCGACAAGGGCUACGUCCUGGCGGGCACCGCGCUCCUCACCUGCCACGACCGCCAGGCGGGCGGCCCCAAGUGGAGCGACCGCCUGCCCAAGUGCACCCCGGAGCUGUAUGAGCCCUGCCACAACCCGGGCAUCCCUGAGCACGGCGCUCAAGCCCCAGAGAAGCGGCUGUACCAGGCCGGGGCCACGCUGCGCUUCUCCUGCACUGCGGGCCACGUGCUGCUGGGGGAGGCGAGUCUGCGCUGUGUGCCCGGGCACCCCUCGCAGUGGAGCAGCUCCCCGCCGCUCUGCAAGGCCGCCUCCUACGAUGAGUUCUACAGCAAUCGCAACCUGGAUGUCGCCAAGGCCAUGCCCGCGGGGGCUGCGCUGGAGGGCACCAACGUCGCCGUCGCUGUUCUCCUGCCCGUGGUCGCAGUGGCAUUGCUCCUGGGAGGCGUUUGCCUCUACUUCUCCAGGCUCCAGGGGAAGCCGUCCCUGCAGCUGCCGCUCUCGGGGUCGCACCCCUACGACCACAUCACCGUGGAGUCGGCCUUUGACAACCCCACCUAUGAGACCGGAGAGAUGAGGGAAUAUGAGGUCUCCAUCUAGGCCGAGGCUGCACUGAGCUGGAGCUGGAGCCGGAGCAGCAGCAGGAGGAGGCACCUGCGGCGACACUGGAGCAGCUGUGGCCCGCGCGCUGCCCUGGGAGGGGAUGUCGUGCUGCCCCAGGGGACCGCCGUGUGCCAGGAGCAAGCCAGCAUUGCCCGGCCGAGCCAGCCCCUUGGGCCCUGCCUCUCCCCCGGCAGGGGCUGGCCCCGAGGCAGCUGCUCCUGGCUGGUGCCGGAGCCGUGGGCUUCGUGGCAGCCAGAACCCACUCGGCCCGUUCCCAGCCAGGCCUGCGUGAGUCUGCUCCCUCCGGCCGCACGGGCGGGCAGUGCAUCGUGUCCAGGCCGAGCCCAGGCACGGGGGAGCUGAGCGGGCUGCCUGGGAGCUGGCUCUUCGCAGCGCUGCCCUGGCUGGCCACCGGGCAUGGGCAGCGCAGCCCGAGGGCACUCGCACAGCCUGGCCCAGGGCUGGGCAGGGCCAGGCUGGUGCUCUGCAGAGCUGCGCGCCCAUGCCCUGGCUGUCAAGGCCAUGGGGACCGGGUGUGCAUGGCAUGCCCAGCCCUGGCCCGGGGAGCAGGGUGAAGGGGCAGAGGCUGAGCACAGUGGUCCCCCAGCUGCAGGCCUGUGCCGGGUCUGAGCCAGGCUCCCUCCAGCUGGCAAAGUCCCGCCCUGGGCAGGGUCUCCCCUCUCAUCCCCUGCUCCCAAUGUGCUGGUUGCGUAGGGGGCAGGAUGGAGGGGGGAGAUGGGCAGAGCCCAGGGGCCAGGCCAGGCCUCCUGCAUCUGCUCUGUGAUGGAGGGCACUGCUUGCUGGGUGCUGGCACUGCCCCGUCCUGCCUGCCGGGUGUUUCCCUCGCUGCCCGUGCCCCCUGCCUGCCACCAUCACCACCUCCCUGCCCACGCCCCCCACCAUGAGCAUGCUGCAUUCGCUGACCUGGUGCCCGGCCACACACUUCCCUUGCCCGACACAGCCGCCUCCUCCCCGGGCACCAUCCUGACCCCACAGGCAGCCUCCUCCAGACCCCUCAGAGACCCCCAUUCCUGUAGACAGCAGUGGGUAGAGCCGGGCCUUUCUGCCCCCUGCUUGUCCCCCCGGGGCCUGAACAAGGUGCAGGGUGGGCAGGCACCAGAUGCCAGGCUCCCUGCGGCCAGCCUGGCAUCCUGGCCCCUAACCCAGCUCUGCACGUGUGACCUCUGCCCCAAGACCAGCCUGGCACCGCAUGCACCCCAGGGCCCGGUGGCUCCCGGCUGCAUCUCUCAGCUGCGGGCACAGGAGGGAAGGCACACGGAGCCGGCCUGGGGCGUUGGGGUGCUGGAGAAGACUCGCCAGCCCCUGCCCUGUGACCAGCUCCGGGCCGUUCUCUGUGAGAAACCCAGCCGGACCGGGCAGCUGGGCAAGUCCAAGGACGAUCCCUGCAGGACCAUUGCUUCCUGCUUCCACUACCAGCACCUGUUCCCGCUCAGCCCCAGGGAGACAGGCUCCGGGGCCCUUCCCCAGCACCGUAGGGCAAGGGGCUCCCCAGGUCUAGCCACUGACCCCGUCCUGGCCUCCCUGCCCUGCCAAGCCCUGGUCCAGGCAGGAAGCUUUUUACAUGUCACGUGUACAAUAUGCCCCUCCGCCGCGCCACCCGUUUUGGAGACAGCCCCAUCGUUUCUUUCAUUUGGUUCAUUAAUAAACUGGUGUUUUAGAA